AUGGCAAGAAGUGCACUGGGAAAGCGGACAAGGAGCGCCACAGAAAAUGAGAUCGAGUCACCCUUGAAACGAGUCAAGCGACAGACUCGCAGUUUCCGUACCAACGAUGAGAACGAGGACCCCGAGGCAAUUGCAGUGGUAGAUGAGGCCGCCGAGGAGGUCGUCACUACAGAGAUCACCGAAGAGUCACUAUCCAACGUCGCUUCUCUUGACUUGGAGGACGAUGCCGACCUGGGCCCGAAAACGAAAGGAAAGACCACCUUGGGCAGCUACAAGCCCCUGACGCCGAGCACUCCGCGGUUCAGAGAUGCACUUGCCAAAGUACCCGUUACGCCUCGCCACCGUGUAAUGGCCGCUGGGAGAAUCUCCAAGCGGUCAACACCGUCAACACCCCUUACCCCGAGUGCAGUGCAGACCGUCUACCAUCAUGCUCGACAGCUAUUCUCCCGAAGCGCAGACCCUGGUCAAUUGAUUGGACGAGAGGAUGAGCGACAGCAGUUGAAGACCUUCUUUGAGCGAUGCUCCAAGUCCAAUCCAAACGGAUGCCUCUAUGUUAGUGGGCCGCCUGGAACCGGCAAGAGUGCCAUGGUGAAUGAGAUGACCCAGGGAGUUGUCGAAACAUGCGCAGCCAAGAAGGCAUAUAUCAACUGCAUGAGUAUCAAGUCUUCGAAAGACUUGUAUGCAACACUCCUGGACCAACUCUGCAAUGAGACCGCAAUUGCCGAAGCAGAUGCCGCUUCGGCUGUUCAGAAGCUAUUCAUCCCCAAGAAGAAGACACCAGACGUUUUCUUGGUUGUGUUGGACGAAAUCGACCACAUUUUGUCUCUCGAUUUGGAGAGUUUAUACAACGUCUUCGAGUGGUCAAUGCAGAAGACAUCUCGCCUUGUUCUGGUAGGCAUUGCCAACGCACUGGAUCUGACAGAUCGUUUCCUGCCGCGACUGAAGUCUCGUAAUCUCAAACCCGAACUUCUACCAUUCUUGCCAUAUUCAGCAACUCAAAUCAAGACCAUCAUCACCACGCGCCUCAAGAGUCUGGUGCCAGAAGGAGCUCCACUACCAUUUAUUCACCCAGCGGCCAUUGAGCUUUGCUCUCGAAAAGUGUCUAGCCAGACAGGUGAUUUGAGGAAAGCGUUUGAAAUAUGCCGGCGAGCCAUCGAUUUGGUGGAGGUGGAAACGAAGCAGAAACAUGAGACAGAGAUCAAGGAGCAAAUCUUACUUGCCUCACCUUCAAGAAAAGUGCUAGGCGAAAACAAGAACCUGUCAUCACCAUCAAAGGGAGGCUCCGAUAAGAGCGCCCCGGCUGCUCUCAUGGCAUCGCUGAAGAGUCUCACGAUCGAGACUGCGCCCAGGGUGAGCAUCGGUCAUCUCAAUAAGGUUACUGCCGCAGCUUUUAGCAAUGGUACCAACCAGAGAUUGAAGACUCUGAACUUGCAACAAAAGGCUGCUCUGUGCUCUUUAGUUGCACUGGAGAAACGUAACCGUGCCUCAAAGGCGUCUAUCUUGGCUACACCGUUUAAGUCGCAAACGACAGCGCCCACCGUCAAGACACUAUAUGACACAUACUGCAAAUUGUGCACAGAGGAUUCGAUGUUGCACCCACUAUCGAGCUCAGAGUUCCGAGAGGUCAUGAGUAGUCUGGAGACGCUGUCCUUGAUUAAUCCUGUUGACGGAAAGACUGGUUCCUUUAGCCUGGCUCAGACGCCCAGCAAAAGGGGCAAACGUGGUGCGUUUGGAGCGAGUGUAAUGGGCGAUGAGAAAAGAGUGGCGAGCUGUGUUGGAGAACAAGAAAUGCAGCAUACUAUAGAAGGCAUUGGAUCAGGCAUUUUGCAAAGCAUUUUGAGCGGCGAGGCAUUGGAUUAG